AUGUCUAGGAUAUUUGAGAAACAAGGGCCGUAUGAAGAAAAUGAAGAUUGUAAAGCCUUUGUCGAAUCGGUUCUAAACAGAGUUAAAGAGUUUAUCGUGUCAAACGAUUUGAUCAAACAACCUCUUGAACAAGCAGACACGUGUAGAUAUUAUCGCCCUAUCAUAUAUUCAAAUGCAUGGAGUUUUUUAAUCAUUUUGGGAUUUUUCACCACCAACAAUAGUCCUAGGAAUAAUGAAGAUAAUUCAGAGCUAAGACUCUCACUGUUAGACGUAUCUAACAUAUUCGUGGAAUUAAACAAAAAUGUACCACAAUGUAAAUUAACGAAUUGGAUAUUUCUCAAGACACUAACACAAAAACAAGUCGUUGACUUUCAGUUGCCAGGUCAGACAGAACCAUCAACAAAAGGAUAUAUAUUUCGCAAUAAGGAUCGCUACACAUAUGGUCUGACCAAAUAUGGGAGGAAAUGUGUAGAACCACUAAUAUCAAAAUUUGAGUACCCAUUAUCAGUUGUGCGGCAUUCUGAAUUUGUAACCGCUUUGGCUACACCAAGCCAACGCCAAAAUGAUGAAACGCUUAAUGAUAUAGGCAAGCUAAGGUUCGAUCCCAGCAGCCUGCUUAGCAGCAAUGUUGGUUCUUUGGAUGAUAUUGAUAAAUUGAGAUACGAUCCAGCUGUAACGAGAAGUGAGGAUUAUAUUCUAGACAAUAUUCUCGGUUUUAAAACGGACUCCAGAUCCCUAUUAAAUAGUGAUCGUACAAUUAGAGGACUCAUGGAUUUGUCAAGCAAGUCAGCGCUAACUCUGGAUAGGUUUACUGAUAGAAAUGGUGAAUUGUCUAGCGUAAACAAGCUAGCUGUAAAAGAGAAUUCGCCACAAGGUAAGGAGCAGGAACCAUUCCCUCGUUUUUCAGAUGACAUUAAAUCAGUUGUGGAUAUAGAUGAUUCAUCUUUGGACGGGGAAAAGUUUAUUGAUGACGAGGAUGUAUCAGUAGACGAUGAAUUUUUCAACUUGUCACCCACUUCUAGACGCAUUCUUACUGCUGACAAUUCACAAGAGUUUAACCAUAUUCGUAGUCUCUUUUCAAAUGUUAAAUCCGAUCCAGAUAUUCCCCUUGGGAACAAUGAGCCUGAUUCAAAAUGCGGCAAAGAUACCGGAUCAAAUAGAUCGUCAGUUAAUAAAAGUGUGGAAUUUACCACUCCAAACAAACGCACAUCUGUUAACAUGAAUUACAGUGACAGUUAUGCAGAUGAUGAUUCUUACACUCUUGUAAAAUCACAAGAUAUAUAUUUACAACCCCUAAGACUCAGGUUAAAGGAGCGUUUAGGGAUUGAUGUCUUUGAGGACCAAGUAAAAUAUGAAAUUAUCACGGUUGUUGAUAAACGCGAAUUGCAUGAUUCAGAUAAUAAAUACCAUAAUAAAUUGAUGGAGGUUUUCCAGGAGGCUGAUAAGCGUAUCAUUUUUAAGCAGCUUCCUCUUGGGGAUGUCAUAUGGAUAGUAAAUGUGAUAGGAAACUCCGCAAAAGAAGAAUUUAAUGAUGCGUAUAUGCUAGAUUGGGUUCUAGAACGUAAAACAACCGCUGAUUUGGCGUCUAGCAUAACUGAUGGUCGAUAUGACGAUCAGAAACUCCGCCUUUUGAAUUUAGACGGAUUCAAACGUGUCAUAUAUCUGUUUGAGGAUAGCAAUAUAUCUACCCUCACUGGAAGAAUGGGUGCUCUAGGGCAGCGUGGCAUAAACUCUGCUGCCAUUGCCUCUGCGAAAAUUCAUACACAGUUGAUUACUGGUUUUAACAUUAUACACACCAAAGGAAUGUCUCACAGCGCUGCGAGCUUGCUGUUAAUGCAUUUAAAUGUAGAAAAAUUGGUAAAUGAGCGUAUUAGAAUGGGAAGGGUGUUGGAAGAAUGUACAGAGUAUACUGGAAUAAUGCAAUGGCUUUCUGAACGAUACACAAAGUUUUCCGAGUGGGAAAGUAGGAACAGAAGAAGGGUCCAAAUGACGUACUUUGAGGUGUUUGGAAAACAACUAAGGUCCAUCCCUGGGUGUGGAGCAGAAACGACGGAAGCUAUACUUUCUGUGUGGCCUACACCCUAUUUAUUUUCACAAGCUUUACACGAUAUGAGCUUUAACGAGAUCAAUACCGUUUUAAAUGAGUUUAGGUCGAAAAAACGCAAAAGAGGAAAACUCACGGCAAAUGUUUGUUUAUUUUAUUUCCACAUGCAUUAA